GAAGCCUGUUUGCAUAAUAAGACAAAGUACUUGAUUAACAUGUUGACAACAUUGAUAAUCUCUACACUACUUCCCAUUCAAAAUGGAUUCUGCUGGCAAAAUAUUCCACGCCUUGGCUUUUGCCUACUAUUGCUUCUCAUACUACUACUAUUGUGAGCAUGUUUACUAUCGGGUAAAUGCGUCAGAUUUUCGACCUAAGAGCUAUCAAUAUGGAGGCGACACUAAAUUUCUUACUAUGUGGUGCUGGUACUUUCAGAUUGUCUACUUCUUCUUAUGUUGUGUAGCUAAUGUGAUGGAGAUGAUGGGCAUGAAACCCCAAAAGAUGCAUACCAUGAGAGAUUGGUUUCUAUCUUCUAUUGCUUUCCCUGUAGGAAUGAUGGUGGUUAGCAUGUUUUGGAUACUCUGGUCUAUUGAUAGAAAAUUGGUCUUUCCAAAAGAGUUGGACGAGUUCUUUCCAGUUUGGCUCAACCAUGUUUUACAUACAAACGUCUUACCAAUCUUAUUAGUUGACAUGUGGUUGAUACGUCACAAACCUCCAUCUAAGAUACGUGGUGUUACAACUCUCUCACUCUUCUCGGCUCUUUACAUGGCUUGGAUAUUUUGGUUGGGAUACGGUGUUAAUAUCUGGGUGUAUCCUAUCCUUCGGGUUCUCUCUGGAAUUAAGUUUAUUUUCUUCAUUGUUUUAUGUGCAACCGCACCCCUUCCAGUCUACUUUCUUGGAGAAUGGUGCAUCAAUGUCUUUCAUGGUAAAUAUCAAUCAACCGUGGUAGCCACAAGGAUUAAAGGAACGCGUAAUAUCCCCCCCGACACAAUUCAAUUAAAUUCAAUUCAAUUCAAUUAUUUAGUCAACCAUCAAAAGGAUAAAAACAGUACAAUAUACAGUAUUAACAAAGUAUCAGAAAAACAACAACAAAUAGAUGGUUCGGAGACCCCGGAGAAGCAAUGCUUAUAAAAGGGGUCACCACGAUACAUUAAUACAUUACAAAUGACAAAAUUAAAGAGUAAAAAUCCUAGAUCAAAAUUAAAAGAAA